AUGACAAAUAACUCUGAGAGAAUUGUUGCUCUACAUAAAGAUGGCCUAGACUAUAAGAAGAUUACCAAGACCCUGAAACUGAGCUGCAGCACAGUGGGCAAGACACUACAGCGGUUUCACAGGACAGGUUCCACUCAGAACAGGCCUCGCCAUGGUCGACCAAAGAAGUUACGUGCACGUGCUCAGUGUCAUAUCCCGAGGUUGACUUUGGGAAAUAGAUGU